AUGGGCUAUCUGAGGGAUGGAGCUAGCUUCCAUUCCAAUAUCCCGGAAAGCACCGACAUGGUCGUUGCGGUUGUGUACUCCAUAUUUGGCAUUUGCUCCCUAUUUGGCAACAGUCUGCUGCUGUAUGUCUCCUAUAAGAAAAAGCACCUGCUGAAGGCUGCAGAGUUUUUCAUCAUUAACUUGGCCAUCAGUGACUUGGGUUUGACUGUGAGCCUGUAUCCGCUGGCAGUGACUUCCAGCAUUUUCCACAGGUGGCUGUAUGGUGAAACAAUGUGCGUGAUCUAUGCCUUCUGUGGAGUGUUGUUUGGCAUCUGCAGUCUGACAACGCUAACGCUACUGAGUACCGUGUGCUGUCUAAAAGUAUGUUAUCCUCUGUAUGGGAACAGGUUUUCCUACAGCCACGGUCGCGUGCUGGUGGGCUGUGCCUGGGGGUACGCGCUGCUGUUCGCCUGCUCCCCGCUGGCCCGCUGGGGCGUGUAUGGCCCCGAGCCCUACGGCACGGCCUGCUGCAUCGACUGGCACUCCUCCAACCAGGAGCCGGCCGCCAAGUCUUACACCGUGGUGCUGUUCUUCUUCUGCUACAUCCUGCCCUGCGGGGUCAUGGUGGCCUCCUACGCCCAGAUCCUGGCAGCCGUGCGCCGCUCGCACCGGACCAUGGAGCAGCACGUCUCCGCCCGGUCGCGCCUCAGCAACAUCCAGGCCAUCAUCGUCAAGCUCAGUGUUGCUGUGUGUGCAGGCUUCUUCACGGCCUGGAGCCCAUAUGCCGUGGUGUCCAUGUGGGCGGCCUUCGGCCACAUCGAGAACAUCCCCCCUCUGGCCUUUGCCCUGUCCGCCCUGUUUGCCAAGUCGUCUACCCUGUACAACCCCGCCAUCUACCUGCUGCUCCGUCCGAACUUCCGCAAGGUGAUGCGCCAGGACGUGGCCGUUCUGCAGAGGAUGUGCCUCAGGAGCUGCCUGUGCACCAAGAGCCUGCCCAAGUGCGACUCCAACACCAUCGUCAAGGAAAGAGGAUCUCCUGAACAAAAACUGCCCCGGAAGAUGCGGCAGACUGGCAAGAAAACUGUCCGCGUGUUUAUCCGAGGGAAAAGGAACGCAGAAAUCGACUGUGUGGAGAUAACUCUGGAAGCGGUACCCAUGCAGACCAAAACUGCCUGGCAGUAA